GUAAACAAGUUAUACUAAUCUGUUCUUCAACGUUAAUGUAUUCGUGUAAUCAUACGCGUUUUGUGAUAUGGGAAAUAUUUCAAUUUGAUAAAACGUUUUCAGUGAUAAAACGUUUUCAGUGACUAUUUUUAACGAUCUGGUUAGUUACCGUUGGAUAUAUGUAUUAAAAGCGGUCUUCGAUUUAGUCAUUAUGAUUGUGCUGUAUUCUUCGUUACUUUCGAUUUUAUUGCUAGCGGUCGUGUUCUUUGUAAAUCGAUACGUAAGAAGAAGGACAGUUUACCCCGCAGACAAGUCUGUCUUUAUCACGGGAUGUGACAGAGGAUUCGGGGAGACGCUUGCAACAAAACUCGCCUUUACCGGGUACCGGGUGUUCGCUGGAUGUCUGGACGUCACCAGCGAUGGUGGCUCGCGUCUGACGAAGAUCUCAAACGUCACCGUGGUCCAGUGUGACGUCACCGCUGACGCCUCAGUCGAUGCGGUCAAGCGUCUCCUUAAUUACCGUUUGCAGGACCAAGGUCUCUGGGCGCUGGUAAACAACGCCGGAGUGGCCGUUUUCGCGGAGACCGAAUGGUGCAGCAUGUCUGCCUACGAGAAAGUGCUGGGUGUGAAUCUCAUGGGUACCAUCCGGGUCACCAAGGCGUGCCUGCCACUGGUGCGCAGUGCCAAGGGCCGCGUAGUCAAUAUAUCGAGCCUUGCGGGCCGAUUUGCACUUCCGGGUUUUACGGCCUACUCGGCCUCGAAGUUCGGCAUCAUCGGGUUUUCUGACUCUCUUCGUCGAGAAAUGAAAAAAUUUGACGUCAAGGUCAUAUGUAUUGAACCAAAAUUGUACAGAACUGCAAUAGCUGAUGGCGAUUUUCACGUAAAGACUAAUCAUCAGAUGUGGGCCGAGACUGAUGACAUCACUAAGGUCGAUUAUGGCGACACCUACUUUCGGGCAUUUCUCGAGACAAUGCUCAGGAAUUUACGCUACUCCAGUCGGAAGACGUACGAAGUAAUGGACGAUCUCUUGCACGCUGUGACCUCUGUGUACCCGUACACGCGCUACGUGCCUAGUCUCAAGGUGCAGCUGAUUACAGACGCGUUUUUGUUGAAUUGUAAUUUUAUACAGGAUCGCGGAAUAAUGUCUUCCACAGGUGUUCGGUGUGUGCCUUUCUCCAUGCGGAAGAAGAAGACUGCUUGAUUGUACCGGAAUCCCUUGUGAUUACUAUGCAUAAUCAAAAUACAGAAGCCUGAAGACUAAAGCAAUAUGCCAAAGUCACACACUAUGAUUUAAAACAAUCUAAACAAUUUGCUCAAUAACGUAAACAUUUAUAGUGAAUACGUAACGUUCCUUGUACUUCUGUCAUGCUGUAUUUCUACAUGAAAACAAAAUAGUUAUUUUUA